UUCAAUACCACUAAACAUCUGUCUGACCAACAUAAGUCAAGGUCAUACAGCUGCAAGCAUAGCUCUGAUAGGCUCAUGUCUCAGCUGAUUUCCCAAUGUCCAACAUACACCGUCACUGCUUAUAAAAGCAGCAGCAUGUUUCCUCACACCUGCGGCAGUCACGGUUUGUUUUUUGAGAAGAGGACAGAAUGCAGGCAUCUUUAUGUGUGCUGUUUAUGGCUCUGUGCGUGAACGGGGUCUCCUCCUCUCCGCUGAGGUCUGUCCGAGCCGGGGAAAAGCUGGCCUCCACGGAUGACGUGAACAUCCUGAUGUACGGCGUGCUGCAGUUCACCGAAUCCCUGCACCACCUGUACCAGAGCACAGAGACCAGGCUGGCCCGCGUCAUGAAAGCCAUCAGCCGAACUGAGAGUGAGGUGAAGAGACUGGGGCACGACACGGAGGAGGCUGCUAAAAAUGAGCGACAGAUUAAAGAGAAACUCCAGCUCCUUCAGGCUCAGAUGAAAACGCUGGAGAUUCAGGUCCAUGAGAACAGAGACACAGUUACCAGAGUGGAGCUGGAAGAGGCACAGCUAAAGAAAAAACUAACCAGCCUGGAGGAAAACCUAAACAGCUCUGUCCCAGACAAGAUCAAGGGCACACCACUUAAAAGCAUCUCUAACCUAAAAGACCUGAUGACGUGGACACAAGAACAGAAACUGAAAUUGGAGAAUCAAAACCAGCAACUGGCUGAUUUACAGAAACGGAAUAUGGUGUAACCACUAAAAAUCACAUGCGAGGAGGAAGCGCAAUCAACUCUCAUCAACACUCCAUUCACGGCACUGCAAACGGAUCUCAUGUACUACAUGUUCAUAAAUAUGACACAUAUACCCACUUUGCCAGUCAUUUUAUAUGCACAUUGGGCCUCAUUCAUGAAGCCUUAACCAGAGUGAAUUUUUGUGAGACAUUUGUGAAAUGAUGCAUGAAAUUCCUGUGUUACAAAUAUUUAGCUACUUUUUUGUAGUGAAUAAUGUUUAUAAUAGCACAAAACAUAAUUAUCAUAAUAUAUAUAUGUAACUUAUAACUUAAUACUUUCUAACUUAUAACUGAAGGAAAAUAAAAGUUAUGUGUCGUCUUCUCUUUCUGUUUUGAAACAAUAUUAAUACGGCACAAAUUAAAAUGAUUUAGUUUUAAAUAAAUACUCACAUAAUUUAUAUUUUCAUAAUCAUUUAAAAAACUUCUCCACAGAUGAAUCAAUGCAGACAUAACCAUGGCUGAAUGGGUGGGCAAAUAUGAAACUACCCAAUAAUUUUGUCUAAAUGAAAGAAAAAAUGUCCCCAUUUAUUCUAUCUAACACAUAAGAAUAGAUAUAUUCCACACAAGGAAACCAGAUGGUGAUUUGACACAAGUUUGCAGUCAGUUAGUAUUUUUGAAAAGUCUCUUAUGCUCACUAAGGUUGCAUUUAUUUGAUAAGAAAUACAGUAAUAUGAAAUAUUAUUGCAAUUUAAAAUAAAUGCUCUCUAUUGUAAUAUAUUUUAAAAUGUAAUUUAUUCCUGUGAAUUUUCAGCAUCAUUACUUCAGUCUUCAGUAUGAUCCUUCAGAAAUCAUUCUAAUAUGCUGAUUCGCUGCCCAAGAAAAAUAUGUAAAAAAAAAAAAAUGAAGUGAUGAAUUAUUUCAGGAUUGUAUGAUUAAUAGAAACUUCAAAAUAACAGCAUUAAUUUGAAAUAGAUUUUUUUGGUAACAUAAAUGUCUUUACCAUUUCUUUUGAUCAAUUUAAUGCAUCCUUGCUGAAUAAAAGUACAAAUUUAUUUUUAAGCUUACUGACCCCAAACUUUUAAACGGUAGUGUGCGUAAACAUUUUUAUAGAAGUAUGAUGAGGGAUUUGGUGUCAAUUACAUUUUUUUUUAACACAAACAUGAAUGGGAUUUGUGAAUUUGUGUAGAGGGAAAUAUAACAAAAUGGAUAUCAUAUCAUAUCGACUAUCAUAUGAAUUCAGGCAACAUAGAUUGUAGUUUUAUGACACUCCAUGAUACCUAUAUUAGCUGCUCUUUGAC